CUUCUUCCCCGAUCCAGUCAAGUGCAGUGCCGCCUAUAAAGAUCCGAGCCUCCGACUCACCCACCCCUCCCCGUAGCACUAGCCCCCAACAACAACAACAGCAGCACCAACUUCCACUCCUGCAAACCCAACCCAACCCAACCCAACCCACCACCGAGCACAAGAAAAGGAGAAGGAAGGUGUGUCAUCGGCGGCGGCGCACCAUCUAAAGAGAUAGCGAGAUGGGGAGGUCGCCGUGCUGCGAGAAGGCGCACACCAACAAGGGCGCCUGGACCAAGGAGGAGGACGACCGGCUCACCGCCUACAUCAAGGCGCACGGCGAGGGCUGCUGGCGCUCCCUGCCCAAGGCCGCCGGGCUGCUCCGCUGCGGCAAGAGCUGCCGCCUCCGCUGGAUCAACUACCUCCGCCCCGACCUCAAGCGCGGCAACUUCAGCGACGAGGAGGACGAGCUCAUCAUCAAGCUCCACAGCCUCCUGGGCAACAAAUGGUCCCUGAUAGCCGGGAGACUGCCGGGGAGGACGGACAACGAGAUCAAGAACUACUGGAACACGCACAUCAGGAGGAAGCUCACGAGCCGGGGGAUCGACCCGGUGACCCACCGGGCGAUCAACAGCGACCACGCCGCGUCCAACAUCACCAUAUCGUUUGAGGCGGCGCAGAGGGACGACAAGGGCGCCGUGUUCCGGCGAGACGCCGAGCCCACCAAGGUAGCGGCAGCGGCAGCGGCGAUCACCCACGUCGACCACCAUCACCGUAGCAACCCCCACCACCAGAUGGAGUGGGGCCAGGGGAAGCCGCUCAAGUGCCCGGACCUGAACCUGGACCUCUGCAUCAGCCCCCCGUCCCACGAGGACCCCAUGGUGGACACCAAGCCCGUGGUGAAGAGGGAGGCCGUCGUGGGCCUCUGCUUCAGCUGCAGCAUGGGGCUCCCCAGGAGCGCGGACUGCAAGUGCAGCAGCUUCAUGGGGCUCCGGACCGCCAUGCUCGACUUCAGAAGCAUCGAGAUGAAAUGAGCAGAGCAGAGCACCCCCUCCUCCCUGCUCCUCUCCCUCUCUCCUGUGACUCUUGGAUAUUGGUUUAGCCUGUAGGUGAAAAAAUUACAGCGAGUGAAAGAGAGACAAGAAGAAGGGUGAGGAUGAUCUUGUGUUUCGCCAAGAUCAUCUCCCUCUUCUCCUCCCCCCGCUGCUCUCUUAGUUGCUCCAUUUUGUUUGUCCCGUUGUAAAAAACAUUACCGUUUGACUGAUCAUGAGCAAUAAUACUCUGGUGCUGGCUGGCUCACUGUAUAAAUUACA